CGUCGUGUCGCCAGCGAGCUGUCAGUGUUGGGGGAGAAAAAUCGGUCCAGCAUCUCUGGAGCAGCGCAGCGGAGCGGGUGACAGAGACGCGCAGUCCUCAUCAGCAAAAAUGAGGAGGAUUUAGCUCAAUGUUUCCCCACCGCGAUGCACAAACUGGACGCUUAAAGACUGAACCUCCUCGUCUGCCAUAGAUCAGCGGAGGAGCUCUGACUUUAUUCUAUCAAUGAGAUAUGUGGAGUGGCUGUACCGCCCGGUGGUAACGCAGAAAAACACAAGAUGAAGAAGCAGUUCAACCGAAUGAGACAGCUCGCCAACCAAACCGUGGGCAGGGCUGAAAAAACAGAAGUACUAAGUGAUGACCUUCUACAGGUGGAGAAACGUCUGGAGCUGGUCAAGCAGGUUUCCCACAGCACACACAAGAAGUUGACCGCCUGUCUGCAGGGCCAGCAGGGCGUGGAUGUGGAAAAGAAGUCUGUCAGGUCACCCUCGAAGAAGCUUCCUCUCACAACACUAGCACAAUGUAUGGUGGAGGGGGCGGCUGUGCUCGGCGACGAGUCUCUACUAGGGAAGAUGCUGAAGCUCUGCGGCGACACGCAGGACAAACUCGCUCAGGAGCUCAUUUUGUUCGAGCUCACCAUCGAGAGAGACGUCAUCGAGCCUCUCUACGACCUUGCAGAGGUGGAAAUCCCAAAUAUCCAGAAACAAAGGAAACAUUUAGCAAAACUGGUCCUGGACAUGGACUCUGCACGCACACGGUUUUAUCAAUCCACCAAGUCUUCAGGACUGUCCAGCAACCUGCAGCCAGGAGGAGCCAAGGCCGACCACCUCAGGGAAGAGAUGGAGGAGGCAGCCAACCGCAUGGAGAUCUGUCGAGAUCAGUUAUCAGCAGACAUGUACAGUUUUGUGGCCAAAGAAAUUGACUAUGCAAGCUACUUCCAGACACUGAUAGAAGUCCAGGCGGAGUACCACAGGAAGUCAUUAGAGCUGCUUCAAAGUGUUCUGCCUCAGAUCAAAGCUCAUCAGGAGACCUGGGUGGAGAAGCCGUGCUACGGGAAACCAUUAGAGGAGCACUUAGCGCUCAGCGGGAGAGAUAUUGCCUUUCCCAUCGAGGCCUGUGUCACCAUGCUGCUGGAAUGUGGCAUGCAGGAGGAGGGUUUGUUCAGAGUUGCUCCUUCGGCCUCCAAACUGAAGAAGUUGAAGGCGUCUUUGGACUGUGGGGUGCUAGAUGUUCAGGAGUACUCGGCAGACCCACAUGCCAUCGCAGGAGCUUUGAAGUCCUACCUGCGAGAGCUCCCUGAGCCUUUAAUGACAUACGAACUCUACAACGACUGGAUCCAGGCCUCCAACAUUCAAGAUCAAGACAAGAGACUGCAGGCUCUCCUCAACGCCUGUGAGAAACUACCCCCAGCCAACAACAGCAACUUUAAGUAUUUGAUCAAAUUCCUCUCCAAACUGACUGAGGACCAGGAUGUGAACAAAAUGACGCCUGGAAACAUUGCUAUCGUCCUCGGACCGAACCUGCUGUGGAUGCACAACGAAGGUAACAUCACAGAGAUGAUGACCACCGUUUCCCUGCAGAUCGUCGGCAUCAUCGAGCCAAUCAUCCAGCACGCAGACUGGUUCUUCCCCGGAGAAAUCGAGUUCAACGUCACAGGUAACUACGGGAGCCCCGUCCACACCAACCACAAUGCCAACUACAGCUCGAUGCCGUCUCCGGACAUGGAUCAAUCGAUCGAUCGUAGGCAGAACGACCAGAGUCGACGGCCGCUCAGCGUCGCCACAGACAACAUGAUGCUGGAGUUCUAUAAGAAGGACGGCAUGGGUGUCAGGGUGAUGGACACUACUUGGGUGUCGCGCAGGGGCUCGUCUUCUACGCGUAAAUGCUCGUCCACGCCACCGAGCGUGCACCCCCCUGCCCUGUCCACCGACGCUCUCCUCCCCGAGCAGCCUGGGGAAUUUGCUGCCUCCCCCUCCCCCACCCCUCCUCCCACUAGCAGCGACCGAGCCAGUACUUUAAAGAACAAGGAGCUGUCUCCAGUGAUCGGACAGAAGGGAAUCCAGGGAACAAUGACCUCUAGUGGACAGUCUCAGCACUCUGAGCACAGCCCACACAGCCUGAGGAGAGCAAAGAAGCUGGCACCGAUCCCACCUAAAGGCCCUUACUGCCAGACAGGAGCCAUGUCUGACCAGUCGACAGGUCAGCCAUCUCCAGUCAGCCUGUCGCCCACUCCUCCCAGCACCCCCUCCCCGUACGGCUUCAGCUAUCCGCAGGGAUACAGCACCAUCGGCUCCCCGGGGCAGAUCCAGAUGGCCACCACCCCGUCUCUCUCCUCUCCACCCUCGCUGGCUGGGACGCUCACUAAGGCCAGGCCGACCCCCAAGCCGCCCCGUCAGAGGCCCAACUUACCUCCUCCUCAGCCCCCCACCACGCCCGGCAGCAGUCCCCAGCCUCUGGACCAUUCGUCAGGUCUCCUGGACGGUUUGUCUCCUGGUGAAAGCAUGUCCACAGAUUCUCUCUGCAACUUGGACAUCCCCAUCAUUGACAUGGAACUGGACGGUAUUUUUGACUUGCCCCACAUCUCCUCCUUCAGGAACUCAUUGCCGCUGCUCCAGUCGACCAAUAAAAGAGCGGAGUCGGAGGAGGAGUCUGAGAGCACAGUGCUAUGACGCCACUGAGUUCCCCAGACGACUGAUUAAAUGAAACACAACGCUACUGCUGCACAGUCCCGCUCAUAAAAAAACACCCACGCUCAUUCAGUGACCUUUCGCCUCUCCAGAUGGAUUACUUCAGCCUCACUCUGGAUGUCAUCGCCACACCUCACCUGUUCUCGAUCCAGAGUGGUCAACUUGUAAAAAAAACCCAACAAGCUCUUCUAGAAAAUAUCAACAAAUACGGUGACCACACCUAAAAGAAACCUCCACACUCACAACAAUCAUGAGGCGUUAGCGACAAUGCUGUCAGGGGGACUUUUGAAUCAGACACACAAAAACACACACAUUUUAAUGUUGGCUGUAAACAUGUUUUUCUUUUUUAUUCAAUGUUUUGUUUUGCCUUAUUUGAGUCACUUCCAAUAUUGCCUUUAACUUCACACACAAGACUGGAAACAGGCUGCUGGGAGGAAUGAAUGCUCUCUGCUGCUGCUGCUUCUCAUGAGUGAUUUUUUGAAGGAAGAACGACACAGUACUGUACAUCUGUCCUGCCAACACUUUCUUCCUCUUUCUCUCACCAUUUUAUCUCCCAUCUCAAGUUCCUCCUUCAUUCCUCAGGGGUGUCAGUUGAAAUGCCUCGCUCUGGCAUGUGGUGGCAACGACAAAUGUCCCACCUGAGCGUUCACUGUGAGUGUGCCAGUAUGUCGUUUUGGGAAGUGUGUGCGUGUUUGUAUGUGUUUGGUAAUCGUACUAUAUGAUGUUGCACUGUUGUUGGUGUCGUGGAGCAUAAACAGGAAUGCAUGUUUUAGACAUUUAGGAAAAUAACUACCUGGUUUUCAAAGAGGUUAAAUGCCCAAUCACACUUUUCUCUGUAUUUACAUCACAUUCGAUCAGGAUCAAUCACUGAAUAUUUAUUGUUUAUACUGUACAUUUUCAGAGUAUAUGAUACAAUUACCAUUAUAAAUCAUAUUUUCUAUCUACAGAAGAGCUAUAAAGUUACCAUUUCCUCCAGAUAGAUUAUAAUUGAUGUUGUCAGGGAGCUACUAAAUAAAUGAGAUGCAUACUGUAGUUUAUGAAAAGUUUAAAAUUAAAUUGUUGAAAUGGCUUUUGCAAAAGCAACAAGUCUAGUAAGCUGGGGAAUGAAAAUAUUUUACACACAAUUAUUUUGGCAGCAAGCAAAGCCCAGUGGGAUUUACAAUAUGGGGGUUUGGUACUAUGGUGCCUGGAGUGUGCCACGACAUUGUUUACUUAAAUUAAUAAUUAAAUUGUCCAACUCACAGAGCAGCAGCAGGAGAUCUGUUAACAGCAGCUGUUUUGGCAGGUGUGUCACCUGUCAUUUAAGGGAGGCCUGUGGAGUUUUAACAAACAAAAGUAAUGUUUACAUUCAGUGUUUCUCACCAAAACACAUUGUGUGAAUCCUUGAGCUCUAACAAACAUGUUAAAUGCUUUUAUUUCCUUUUGCUAAGCCAAUUGUAUUUGAUUUGUGCAUUGUUUACAUCCACGUUUCCUGGCUUGCAGUUUUCUACUUCUCUGCUUCUGUGGGCUCACUUAUUUGCUUCCUUGUGCAUUACUGCCACCAACUGUGGAUCAGCAGAAUAGCAUAAAAUCGGUGGCAGGAUUGCAUGACUUGUGUUCAUCCUCACGCAAACAAAACGGGGGCCCUUAAUAAAAACAUUACUCAGUAGCGCUACUAGUGGUCAACACUUCCACAGGGUACCUUUUAAUGUUUGGGUGUUAUUGUGCUCACAUGACAAUUAAAGAGUGCCAUCCUUAAACUGAGCAAUCAAAACAGGAAAAUUACAAAUGUCAAAGAAAGAAGGCAAAGUUAAUGGUAAAUGGUAAGUAAAAUUAAAAAGCCUUUUUAGGAUUAGUUUUGUGAUUCCAUUUUAAAUUUUUAUUAUAAAUUCCACACACAAAUCCAGGAAAUAAAAUAAUUCUCUGAUCUUUUAAAGUUGAUAUGGCAGACAGUUGCCUUUUUACACGUCCAUUAUCGCUUAUAUUUAGAAUCGUGUUUGUGUCCACCUGAUAAAUCUAAGUUGAUUUUAGUUUCUUUUACCUCUGCUUUUGGUCUCCACCGACUCCUGAGGGAAAUUUCUGCCUCUUCAGCAGCUAAAUGCUCCACUGUGUUUACCAGCUAGUUUCUAACUGUGGUUGUUUGCUGCUCAGCAGGUCGUGUACAGCUGUUUUUCAGAGCUAUUUCUCUGAAAACAGCUGCUUUAAGUUUUAUAAUGUAUAAUUUAAUGCCAAUUCGUAUUUAUCAAUUUAUUAAAUGAUAAUAUUUAAACAGAUAAAACUAAAACUCCAUAAUUACUCUGAUGGCACACUUCAGGCUCCUGUUAUACUUAUAUCUUGAGAAUCAUACCUGUCAAGGCCGUGUAGGGAGAGAGCGUAGGCACGAGAUUUUGUACACCUGCCCUGAGGUAUUUAUAACAUCCAAUCAUAUCACAUAACAAAGAACUGAAAACAGUCACACUCCCAGAAAAAAAGGUGCUAUUGUUGUAAAAAAAAUUUUAACGCUGCAGCCCCAGUGGCAAAACAAGCACUCUUUUCUUCUGCCAGUGCAGUUUCAGUGUCAGCCACCUUCCCAUUGCAGUUUAAAGGAACUCUGUCUGAUGAUGCUGAUAUUUUUGGGUCUAUAUUAGUGAACCAGAGGCAAGUGCAAAGAUAUGUGUAUAUGUGUUUAUAUUGAUGAGAGUAUUUAUACAGAUAUAUUUCUGAAUACUUUUUAACAGGUCUGAAGAGUUGUGAUUGUUUCCACUACACAUGACUUUCAUCCGAGGAUUAAAAUAAAGCAUUCAAACACGGGACCAGAAUUUCCCUGCUGUCGCAUCAAAACCUUUUCAGGAAUCUAAGAGGUUAAGUUUAAGAGAAAACUUGAAAAUCAAUAAAACUGGAGUAACAAGGUUUGCAUACGACAGCAGCAGGUUGUUAUUUGCCUUGUGAUGGGUUUUGCUGUGACCUAUCCAGAUUUGUAAGACUUUCCGUUUGUCGUGAGAGCGUCCACUAUACAUGGCCUCAAAGUCACUGUGCUGCUCCACCAUCCUUUCUUUUGAAGUGCGAUAUUAUUCACAGGACUUUUGUAAAUAACUGGAGCCUCUGUACAUACAUGUUCUGUAUAUACUGAAGGAGGAGAAAUUUAACUAUAUACAUAUAUAUAUAUAUAUAAAGAGAUAAACAAAUACGGUAUGGAAAAAUAUAAAUGAUGAUAAACAUAUUAUACUGUACAUAUAAUAUUAUAAUGUUGCUGGUUCUGGCACAAUAUUGCCACAUUCACAUAAAAUACAGACUUCACACAGUUAAAACUUUAUAUGGUACAGUAGCUCUUGUGGCACUGACGUAGGCUCAAGGUUAAAUCUAGUUUGUAGAUUUCUAAAAUAAAAACUGCUGAUUGUGCUUGUGUUGCAGACUAAGAAUUAACCUCUUGAACCCUGAUUUUAGCUUUAUUAAUUAGAAAAAAAGUCCACAAUGUUUAAUAAUAUUGCACUUUUAUUCUCUAUUCGCUUAUUCCAACACGUCAUUGCAGCUACAUGUUUGCUAUAUAAUGGACAAUUAAAUGGGUCUUCAUCAUUUUAUACAUUUUCUCAGAGUUUAACUUGGUGUAUUUAAUAGUUCUGAAAAUGUUGGGAUGAAAUUUAAAAUGAUUUUCUGUUUGCACAACCUGCAGCUGUAAUGAUGGAUCAAUGGUAGGAUCCAGCAGGGUUUAAGAGGUUAAAAGAGGUUCUGCAAUGAAACCGCUGCAUUGCUGUCUUUUAGUUUGACUAUUCAACACCAGAAAACAAAUAUCCUCAGUUCCACGAAAUAAAAGACAAAGACCUACAUUAUGUUCCCGAUGUUAUACAUAAGAUAUAGAUGUUUAAGAUUGUUGUAAUUUUAAAUUUAGAACAUGCAAAAACUGUUUUCACAUGCAGAAAAACUACAGAAUGAAAAGCAGAAUGCAAAAAGAAAAAAUAAUAAAAACUUUUUAGUGCUGCAACCUUCUUAUAUAGAGUCUAUGGCUGCAACUAAUGAUAAUUUUCAUAAUCAGUUAAUUUGCAGAAUAUUUUCUUAAUUGUUUGGUCUAUAAAAUGCCCGAAAAUAUAGGAAAAUCAGCACUGCAAUUUCCUGAAGUCCAAAAUGAUCAUCAAAGAGCUUGUUUUGUAGUUGUGGUUUACUCUCAAAGAAAACUGAAGAAAAGCAGUAAAUCCUCACAGUAUAGAAGCUGUAAGAAAAUGUUUGGUCAUUUUUGCUUUAAAAACAACAUUGAUGAUUGAUGAAUCAAUCAGAUCCUUCAGUCUAAAUCAAUACAGCAUGAAAUGCCAUCACCAGUAUUUAUAAUUUUAAUAUUUAAAGAAAAGCUUAAUGCUGACCACAAAACAGUUUCUAAAAAGACGUUAUUGUUGCGAUGUGGCUGUGCUGAGGUGAAUGGUCCGUCCUGUCUUUGUCUUGAUCUCUGUGUUACAAUGUGCUGCUCUUCGUUUUUGUACUAAAGGGUUCCAGAUUAAGGCUUGUACAUACAGUAUUCAUCACACACAACUUUAUUAACAGUAACCCUUACGAGCAGAGACAGAGGGCGAGGGAUUCCAGAAACAGUUUCCAGUAUUACAGCUUUUGCAAGCAUGCCCUUUGAGCACUACAAUACGAAGGCCUUUUUUUUACAUGAAUAGGUGGAAUGUACUGGUGAUAGAUGAUGUUCACCUCAUAUAUCGUGAUGAAGGCGGGUUGUGUGUGUUGUGGAGAUAGUUUCAAGUAAAAGAGGGUGGUGGGGUAUUUGAUAAAAAGUGUGUUAUGACCAACUUCGGGAGGCUAGGGGAGGGGAAGUUUGAUUUGACAUUGUCCUGUGUGAAACUCAGCAGCAUGCUUUUUACCCAUGCCUAUGAAAUAUGUCUCAUCUUUGGUCCUAAAUAAAUGUGCUUGUAUUUAUUUUUUAUAAGUGAAUAGACCGAACUUUAUAAAAGACUAAUAAGUGCUGCCCUCGACCUUUUUUUGUCAAACUCUCCAUCAAUUUUGCCAACAGUUUGAAACAAUUAUGAUUUACAGUUUGUUUUCACCAUCUGUGUUCCAUUAAUGGAGUACGUACCAUCCUUUUUACCUAUAGCAAAUAAAGAAAGCACAUCCAGCCACACUGUCCGGAAAUUAAAAACCUUCAGCUAACAUGGUAGGAGAGAAGACUGUUUGUGCCCAGAAUAAUGUGCGUUUAGAUCUCCUGAAAAGUUCCUAUGACUUUACAUGGGAAUCAUGCAAGCAAGAAAAAACGUGCUUGUUUUUCUUUUUGCUUAAGUUUAAAUUCCAAGGAAUGGAGGCAAAAUAAAAAGGGAACACAAGAGUGAUCAAGGAAUCUUUAUAGAUCUUUGUGUCAACCUGUGGUGACGCUGUGAACUCUUUAAAGUUUGGAGUAAAGAGGAAAUGCCUUUUUCGCGGACAUGCUAUCUCCCGGUCACCGAGUGGAACACAGUGUACAGUAAAAAAAAAAAAAAAAAAAA